UGCAAUCCUCAGUGCUUGAUUGUAACUGUUUUCAGUCCAAUAAUUUGAAAUCCUCAAAGAUGUUUCUGAUUGACUGGUUUUACAAUAUUCUUGCAAAUCUUGGUUUAUGGAGAAAGGAGGCCAAAAUUCUCUUCUUGGGUCUCGAUAACGCUGGCAAAACUACUCUGUUGCGUGUGCUUAAGGAUGAGAGGUUGGUGCAACAUGAACCCACAAGGCAUCCCACAUCAGAAGAUCUCAUGAUAGGAAGAGUCAGAUUCAAGGCUUUUGAUUUGGGUGGUCAUCAGAUUUCUAGGAAAUUAUGGAGAGACUAUUAUACUCAGGUAGAUGGCAUUGUGUAUCUGGUUGAUUCAGCAGAUGAAAAUCGGUUUCCAGAGUCGAGAAAAGAACUUGAUGCAAUAAUUAUGGAUGAAUCUAUACAGAAUGUUCCCAUUUUGAUCUUGGGAAACAAGAUUGAUUUACCUAAAGCUGUCUCUAAAGAGAAGUUUAAGUAUGAAUUAGGAUUGAGCUUCGCAGGAAAUAGUGUUAGGCCUAUUGGGAUCUUUAUGUGCAGUGUCGUUUGCCAAAUGGGAUAUGGCGAAGGAAUAGAAUGGUUGUCACAGAAUAUCUGAAUUCUAGAUAUUUCAUAGUUAUUAGGUUGACAUAGCAAGUGAUCAUUUUAUUGCUCUUCAAUAUAUUCCAAGCUGGAACUAUGUUUAAUAUAUUAUCAAAUGAAUAGCUGAUUCAAUUGUCAAUAUACA